UAGAGACCAACGCGCGGAAGGGCUGACGGGCGGACGAUAACAGCAUCCACUGCUGUUAUUAGCCUUCACAUCUCAAUGAACUGUUGUCAAAGAAAGCACUGAUCAUGCCCACUGCUUUUGCAGGGCAAAGAUAUUGAUCAGUGUUUGAAUACUGCAUUUUUUCUUAUGAGAUUAUUUUUCAUUGAUUUUUAUUUGUAGGUACAUAUUUUUCCACCAUGGUGCUAGGAAAGGUGAAGAGCUUCACCGUAAGCUACGACUGUCUCAAUGACAGCAAUGUCCCCGUUUUCGCAAGCGGGGACUCCGUCUCAGGUAGGGUUAUCAUCGAAGUCACUGGAGAAAUCCGUGUGAAAUCUCUUAAAAUUCAAGCAAAGGGAUUUGCAAAAGUUCGUUGGACUGAAUCCCGAAAUGCUGGAUCUAACACUGCCUAUACGCAAAAUUACACAGAAGAAGUGGAAUAUCUAAACCAUAGAGACAUCCUAAUUGGACAUGAAAGAGAUGAGGACAACUCAGAAGAAGGACUCACCACUAUCCAUUCAGGAAGACACGAGUAUGCGUUCAGCCUUGAGCUUCCACAGACACCUCUGGCUACCUCGUUCGAAGGGAAGCACGGCAGCGUGCGCUACUGGGUGAAGGCGGAGCUACACAGGCCAUGGCUUCUGCCCAUGAAGACCAAGAAAGAAUUCACCGUCUUCGAACACAUCGACAUCAACACUCCCUUACUGCUGUCACCCCAGGCAGGUACGAAAGACAAGACUUUAUGCUGCUGGUUCUGCACCUCAGGUCCAAUAUCCUUAAGUGCCAAAAUCGAAAGGAAGGGAUAUACCCCAGGAGAGUCGAUUCAGAUCUUUGCUGAGAUCGAGAAUUGUUCCUCUCGCAUGGUCGUGCCAAAGGCAGCCAUUUACCAAACACAGACCUUCAAAGCCAAAGGAAAACUGAAGGAGGUCAAACAGCUGGUGGCAAACCUCCGAGGGGAGUCUCUGUCCUCGGGCAAGACGGAGACGUGGAGUGGCAAAAUGCUGAAGAUCCCCCCGGUCUCUCCCUCCAUCUUGGACUGCAGCAUCAUCCAAGUGGAAUAUUCUCUCAUGGUGUACGUAGACAUCCCCGGAGCCAUGAACCUGUCUCUGAACCUGCCACUGGUCAUGGGCACUAUCCCGCUGCACCCCUUUGGCAGCCGCACCUCCAGUGUCAGCAGCCAAUGCAGUAUGACCAUGAGCUGGUUAGGCAUGGCCCUGCCAGAGCGCCCUGAAGCCCCACCGAGCUAUGCCGAGAUCGUGACAGAGGAGCAGAGACAGAGCCUGGUUGUGACCUCAGCCAGGGAUGAGUUGGAGGGACCACUCUUUGCCUACAUCCAAGAGUUUCGCUUCCAGCCCCCUCCGCUCUACUCUGAGGUUGAUCCCAAUCCUGAUCAAGCCAGCCGGACAAGGGAGCGGAGGUCUGACACCUGUCCAUCACGCUGAAGGAAACUCGGAGCCCCGCCCGGAGACGUUUCGGGCGUUUCUAGUCAGCUCUGUUUUAGUUUUUUCCUCAGCGACAGCACUCCGCCGUCGAUGUCGAGAGAAAACAAACAAAGAAACAAACGUGGACCAUACCAUGGGUGAACGAAGCCCCUUCCACAGAGAGAGGCACAGGAAGUCAGUACGGGGAAUACUUCCUGGCAGCCUGCCUGCCUGGCUGGGGGACGGCUGGACAAACACACACCUGACCUGUAAGAAAAUAAACCCCUGUAGUGGAGACAGCCUUGGUGGAGUAAUGAUGACAUGCCAGGGCACUGUCUGCCCGUAGCUCUUAAUCGCCUGCUUUCUUCUGUAACAUACAGACAUGGCUCUCACACAGAGCAGAACUGUCUUGUUGAGACCUGAGCAGAAAGAAGAAGGAAACAGAAAGAAGAGAAAACCACAUAAGCAGCAGUGUCUGAAGUGUCCACAGCAGAGAGACUACCCUCCUGUCUCAUGUGGGAUUUUUGCACAUGUUAUUCUUUGCUUGAGUUGUGUAGUUCUGUUUUGAAGAAGAAUCAAUAAUCACUAAUAGUUUUUUUCAGCCUAGUAACAUGCUGGACGAAAGAGACUGCCUAGACUCCUUAUCCACACAACUUCGAACAACGCAGAGAACAUAGCUACAUGGAGGAAAGCAAGACUGAAAAGGACAGAAACACCUACCUUGUUUAAGCUGUUUUAAGAUGUUAUUUUUCCUUAUCACAUUUCCUUAAUGACAUGUAGACUGGACUUGAAAGCAGCAGCACACUCUCCAUUCAAAAGCAAUUUUUCGAUGUCUCCUCAGUUGGCUUCCUUUUUCCUUUACUAGAUUCUGUCUUUUGAUUUAGUUCCGAACUUAGAAUGCCUUCAAUCCAAUCAUAUGUUGCUUUGUGUUUAUGUUCUGCUGUGUUCUAGAGUAGAGGAGCCUCAGGCCAGCACUUGCCACUCAAGUAGAGCAUUAAAUGCAGAGUAUUGUGAGUGUUUGUAUGCGUGUGAGACAGAAAGAGUGGGACAUAUUAGAAUAGCCACCCUCAGUGUCUCCCUGUCCCUCUACUCACAGCACAGAGUGAGGCAGGCUUACAUACGGGCAAAAACAGCACUGUCUCAGGUGGUCUUCUCACUUGCCCCCCAAAAAAAGAUUUUUUUUUUUUUUUUUUAAUUGCACUGUUUUAAAUAGUGAAAGGAGGAUUUCUUGUAUUUUAAAAUAGUAUAUUACCAAAACAAGAGAGAAGAGAAAUACACAGAGCAGCAAGGCAGCUUGCGAAGACGAACGACAUUCCCUUUUUGUCCAUGCUGCACUUGCCGACUUCAUUCACCAACUACUUCAUUUUCCAGACCAGUGAAGACUGAAAUGCUAAAAUUAUAUAUACAAAAAGUAAGAGUACAUGGUAUGAUCUGCUUCUAAAAAUGGGGCAGACGCAAACCCAGCCUGGCAAACUGCUGGGGAAUAAUUGGACCAGUGGAGGCUGGUGGGAGGAGCUGGAAUAUGGAAACCACAUGUUUGACUCCGUUCCUUUAAUUCCAUUCUAGUCAAUACAAUGAGACCCUCCUCCUAUAGCUCCUCCCAUAAGCCUCCACUGAAUUGGACAUUGCUAAAGCUCCACUCAAACUGUCCAGAACAAGUAGUGGUAGGUUGACAUGAGUAAUACAUUGGUUUUCAAACUCAUUCAACACCUAGACCAGCUAGAGUGGAGAAUUGGCAUCGUCUUAAACAUGAGGCACUUUUUGAUAAUAAAAAGAAAAAUAGCAUUGAUGGUGGGAGGUCUGGAAAAAGUCUGGUAACCACAUAAUUUUCUGAUGAGAAAUGUAGUCAAGCAGUGUUAUGUUGGACAUUAAUGCAUUAUAUAAUCUUCUAAAAUUAGAGAGAUAAAAAAAAAAGAAAAGUUUACAGUUUGAAUUAGUUGACAGAAGUUUGUAUAUAUGUUUGUGUGCUCUGUUAAGAUCCAGCUAGGAAAUAUAAGAAUACUGCUGACAGUAGUAGACUUAAUUAAAGUGAUCUUAUCUUAGUGGCCUUGACACAGAACUGACCUAAUUAUGAUGCUUCAUUAUCGAGUGUCUAUACAAUUUACAACCUUAAUCUUGUUGCUCUUUCCGUUGUCUGUAUGUAAGAUUAGUCCUUUUAUGUUUUUCAAAGGGACAAAAAGGGAAGAAAAAAAUAGUCCUUAAAAGAAAGUGUUAAAAAAAAAUGUACGAUCCCUGGACAAGCCUCUUUGAUUGUGCACUUGUCUGAAUGUCUUUACUGAUGACUGGGCUAGAUAAUGUCUUUACUGAUGACUGGGCUAGAUAAUGUCUUUACUGAUGACUGGGCUAGAUAAUGUCUUUACUGAUGACUGGGCUAGAUAAUGUCUUUACUGAUGACUGGGCUAGAUAAUGUACUUGGGCAUUGAUAGUUUGUUAUCCAGUCAGACAACCCCAUUGAGUUAAGUUCUACUCAGCUUCACGGAACAGCUGUGGAUCAGCAACCCUCCCUCCCCCACUGAGAACGAAUUAGCUAACAAGUGGAAUAGACCGCUAUUCUAAGAUAAAAAUCUGUCUCCCCAAUUUUGUUUUGUUUGUUUUGCUUCGAUUUUAUCUUAGGGAAUAUGUAUCAAGCUAAAAGAAAAAUGAAUAAGCUUAAAUCUGUUUCAGGUUGGUCAAUUCUAUAGUCCAUUGUUCGGUGUAGUCCAGUGUUAAAAGCUACAUUCCUGACUUAUUGAAGUGAGGAAUCAAAAUGCUAAAAAUGGGAGAGUGGAUCUAAAAUGUUUUAGAAACAAAGUGCAAUAUUACUAAUCUGAAUGUGUUUUAUUCUCUAUUUGUAUGUCUAGUUUCUCCUUUGUCUUUCUAGUUUGUUGGUCACGAUCGUCUAUAGAUAUUGUAUGAAUGUCCUGAAUGAUUGUAACCAUUUGUCUAGUUCUUCUUUUGAGUUUAAUAAACUUUUGUUAAAAUUUA